UUUCCUACAGCGAUAUACAUACCUGGGCCUUCUCAAUCCGCUUGAAUAACUGACGCAAGAAUGGACGAAGAAGCUAUUCUCGCCGAGAUAGCUAAUGUGUGCAAUAUCCCUCUGGCCGCAAUCGAGGACUUUUACCCUUGUACACCCCUUCAGUAUGGAAUCAUGGCACAACCUAUAGAGAGGAUAUACAUCAAUUGCGUUUAUGCGACCCUAGCCCCCUCAAUCGAUACGGAAAAGUUCUGUGACGCUCUGUGUCACAUCUAUUCGCUAAACCCGAUCUUGCGGACGCGGAUAGUGGAUAGUGAGUUCGGCCUGGUGCAAGUCGUGGUGAAGGAAGCUCUUUCGAUAACACGCCCUUCGAAACCUCUCAAAGAAGCCCUCUCUGAUGAAAAGUCAUCCUCGAUGCGCUUAGGAACGCCCCUGUUCAGGGUCGCUCUUCUUCCAGCAGACCGAAAGAUCAUUCUUACGACUCACCAUGCGAUUUCUGACGGAGGAACAUAUCACAUCAUGUUCGACAACAUUGCGCGUGCCUACAAUGGAUUGUCUUUAAAGCCUCACGCAGACUUCAAACUAUUCGUCAAACAGUGCCUCUCGAUAGAUCCUGAAAUGGCAACAACAUUCUGGGGCAAAAGAUUCAGUGGCCACCCUACCGUGUUUCCAAAGAUUGACGUGGGUUACACUCCCGAUGCUUCGUCAAAAAUUGAGUCAAAAAUCUCCCUUGAAGCUUUGGGAGUCAGUGUCUCCUUGGGUCUGAUGCCAUGCUACAUCGAGACAGCCUGGGCCAUAACUGCGCAAUCCUACACUGGUUCUGAGAGUAUAGUAUUUGGAAGAGUACUUUCCGCACGCAGCCAGGGGCUCGGUGGUUUGGAGUCGACUUUAGGGCCGACUAUUGUGACGAUGCCGGUACAAGCUAAUAUGAAGAAAGAAUCCACAAUCGCUUCAUUGAUCAAAGAACGGGCACAAGAAAGACGCGAAGCUCUAAGAAGUCCUGCCCUCCAGUAUGGGUUGAUUCGGAUCCGUGAGAUUAGUGAUGCGGCCAAAGUUGCAACCGGAUUCACUACUCUUCUGAACUUCAGAACUCCGACUGAUAUGGGCACCGAGUACACUACCUCCGAAUUGGAACUUCAUGAAGAGUACGAACCUCAUUUGCCGUAUGGUCUAGGCAUCAACAUAGUCCUCGGAAAUAACGGCCUUUCUAUCGAGACACUGUUCGACGAAAAUGUGGUUGCAAAAGGCCAGGUGCGACGCAUAUUGAGGCAACUUGAGCAUGUCAUGUGUUUGUUACUCCAGUCUCCGGCAGGAACUCGUCUUGACAAACUACCAUCUCUCAACCAGUACGAUCGACACGAGAUUAUACGUUGGAAUAUGUUGGCAACAGAAGUACCGCAAAAAGGCUUGCCAGGCCUGUUCAGAGAAAUGGCCCAUUCUCAGCCCCGCGCGCAGGCAAUUGAAGCGCUCGAUGGUAAUAUGGAUUACGAACAACUCAACUUGGCCACAGAUCUUGUCGCGAAUGACCUGCGCAGAAUGGGAAUCACUGUAGAAGAUACCGUGGCUUUGAUCUUUGAAAAGUCUUUAUGGGCUGUCGUUGCGCAGCUCGCUGUGUUGAAAGCAGGAGCUGUAUGUGUGCCGAUCGACCCCGACUUUCCAGCCUCCCGGAUGAAGACAAUCAUCUCAAGCUCUGGAGCAAAGAUGAUAUUGACAUCGGCACAUCAUGAAAGUUCUCUGGCCGAAUUGGGCGUUACUACCAAGUCUAUCAAUGAACAAUCAGUGUCCCGUUUGCCGACUGACAAUACCACACAACCGCAAGUCGAGGAUGAUCCAUACAGAGCAGCCUUCAUACUGUUUACCAGCGGCAGCACCGGCACCCCAAAAGGCCAUACCCUCGAGCAUCGCAAUCUAAUUUCCUCUAUUACAGCCGUCGGGCAAGAGAUGAAUUGGGGUCCAGAUACACGAAUGCUUCAAUUUGCCGCGUAUGUGUGGGACAUGAGCUUAGCUGAAACAUUUGGCACGUUGAUCUUCGGGGGGUGCAUCUGCGUUCCUUCAGAUGAAGCGCGAGAGGCUUUCAUUGCCGAAUUCAUCCGGCAGGCGAAGGCUAACAGCGCUAUCUUUACGCCAACUGUGCUUCGCAUGAUCACCCCACAAGAGGCAUCUACCUUGAAGAGCAUUAUUUCUAUUGGUGAACCUGUCGACCCGGAAUCUGUGGAAAUGUGGUCUGGUCAUGCUCGAUUCAUUAAUGCUUGGGGACCUAGCGAAACGGCAUGUAUUAGCUCGAUGGCUGAGUUAACACCAGCAUCAACAUAUAGGGAAAACAUUGGCAAGCCGAUUGCCAGCGCUAUAUGGUUGAUAGAUGACAAGAACAAGGACCAAUUAGUGCCAAUAGGCGGCAUAGGAGAAAUCGUUGUUGAAAGUCUCGGUGUAGCUCGUGGUUAUCUCAAUGACAAAAUCCAAACUGCGUCUUCAUUCAUCGCUCCGCCUCCUUGGGCGCCAUAUAGAAAGGGGGAUAUUUCCAAAGUAUCCCGUCGGAUGUUUCGUACAGGCGACUUGGCCAAAUACAACCCAGACGGCAGCCUUCAGUACAUUGGACGCAUCGACAACCAGGUCAAGAUCAAUGGCCAACGGGUGGAACUUGGAGAGGUCGAGAAGGUGCUUGGCUCUUGCGCAGCUGUUCAACAAGCAAUCACAGCAAUUCAACCUGCGAAAGAGGGUAACGGCCGGAAAGAUUUGAUAGCCAUCCUUACCCUAGAGGGAAUCGCGUUACCAACAAAAACGUCUCUGAAGGAGGUGUCCCAAGAUUUUCAAUCGGUUACUGAACGCGCUUUACAAGAGAUUGAACAAGAAAUGGCAGCGAGAUUACCAUCUUAUAUGGUUCCAACGACUUGGAAAAUAAUGGAAGAGUUUCCUCGGACAACGUCACUUAAGAUCGAUCGGAGCUCAGUAAAGAAAUGGCUCUCACAGCAGCAGCCUAACCGAGACAACGAAAUAGACAAAGAGUCAUUAUCGCCACCAGAUUCACCUAAGGAGAAAAGUUUACAAAUCAUAUGGGCAAUGAUCCUCGGUCGAUCGGAAUCUGAAAUUGGGCGUGAAAGCUCUUUCAUCAAGUUAGGAGGAGACUCAAUCUUGGCUAUCAAAGUUGCUACACAGUGCCGAAAGCGAGGACUACGGGUCUCAGUCGCUACACUAUUACGAAGCGAAAGUCUGUCGAACGUGGCUGCGGCUAGUGAAUUGCUCCCCAACCAACCUCAAACUCCGACUAAUACUAGUCGGCCCAAGAUCUCCACUGAUCCUCAAAGUCAAAUGCCCUUGAUCGAUAUGAACACUGAUGACUUGAGAGAAUGUCAGAAGCACUUGAAGUCGAUCGGUGUUGAUACAGCUGAUGUAGAGAUUAUAAUCCCUACUACUCCACUUCAGGAAGGCAUUCUGUUCUCCCAAUUGAAAAACCCACAGGACUACUUCAUGAAACUUAGCAUGAAGCUGACUCCAACCAACAACGCCGAGGAGAUGGACGAAAAGAGAAUCAUAUCAGCAUGGGAAGCUGUCUGCUCCGCUCAACCAAUAUUGAGAACUAUUUUGACGGGUUAUGAAACUACUACGUGUGCUUACCAACAGGUAAUCAUGAAAACCGUCAGUCCUUCUAUUUCAUUUGGAGUAGUACAGCCAAGCGAAGCAGAUAACAUCGAACAAUUCCUGGAUGGCCUUGAGACACCACGUUUCCCUCUCGCACGGCCACAACAUCACCUUUACCUGUACAGAUGCUCUCCAACGGUUGUGUAUGCCACGUUGCAUAUCAAUCAUGCUCUCUUUGACGAGAGAUCCAUGCAACUUGUUGGUGAGCAGCUCGGUCGUGCAUAUACAGACACAACGAACUUGCAUAUAUAUCGCAAUCUCACCAAAUAUGUUACAUGGAUCGCAGAAAACAAACACACGUCGAACCGAUACUGGGAGAUAUAUCUUUCAGGUGUCAGUCCCUGCCAUAUACCAACUCUAGAUUCUGAAGAGUCGAAGUUAUUGCGAAGGGGAUCCGGUCUCUGCGACAUACCCAUAAAAGAUUCGAAUCACUUGAUCUCUUUUUGUCGGGAUCGCGGGGUAACCGUGGCCAACUUAAUGCAAGCUGCAUGGGGCAUUGUGCUACAGCGUUGCACAGGAAAUAACUCGCUAUGCUUCGGCUACUUGAGCUCCAAUCUCGAAUCUCUCGAAGGAUCCGAGGAUACAAUGGGACCGUCGCUCUCGAUGUUGUUUCACAGAUUCGAUGUAGUCCCAGGACAGACGCUCGCAGAUGUUUUAAGAAAGGCGAAUGACGGUACUUCACGUGGCUUGGAACAUGGUGCAGGAUCCAUGAGCGAGAUUCAAGAAGCACUAGGCGUGGAUCAGUCACCACUUUUCAACACCAUCAUGACCAUUUAUCGCCUGUGGCCGGACAACCUGGCUGGCGCCGGUGAUCUCGUCAUAGAUCACUUGCCGUUGCAAGGUCAUACAGAGUAUGCUAUCACACUCGGCGUAUCAUAUGACAACGAAAAGGUCGUUUCCAAGUUGUUGUACGAUACAUCAAAGAUAUCGGCAUCUUUUGCCACCCAUAUCGUGGACAUGCUCGCCAGAAUAGUCACAGAGAUCAUCCGAGAUGUGAGUCAACCUUUGGAGACCUUGCAGACGGAAAUACAACGGCCGUCUCUGGCGCUCUGCCAGAACGAUAUCGCCAAAAUGGUUCAUCGUAAAGCUGCUUCUCAGUGUGAGAUUUCUAGCAGCAUGAUUGAGAACAUCUACCCUUGUCUUCCAAUUCAACGUGAGCAAAUGGAGACAACUGUUCAAGGGGGCUUAGAUCAAUAUGUCUUCAAGGUAUCCCCACAAUUAUCAGUAACACAACUGAACGAGGUAUGGACCCAUAUCGCGGCAGUAUGCCCUGUCUUGCGCAGCAGAAUAGUAUCUCUUGAUCCGUACGGAGUCUGCGUCGUUACACUCAAAGCGACUCCAGAUUGGAAUGAAGAAGAUUCUCUCUCAGCUUAUCUCGAGUGGGACAGGGACCUCCCAUCACGCUACGGUAGACCACUUUGCAGAUUUGGACGGGUGGCAGAGUCGAACGGCACGACUUACUUUGUACUUUCCCUUCACCAAGCAGUACAUGAUCCGUGGACUAUCAGUCUACUUUUGAAGGCCUUCAGAUCAAGAGUCUCGACACAGUAUUCGCAGCCCUUGCCUUCUCUGCAUGAUUUCUGGCGAGUAAUUCAGAAUCGAACGACGGGUGUGGAAACGGAUACAUCGAGUACCUCGAGUACACGGCAACUCAACCCGCCUCAGUACCCACCUUUCCGUGUCGAUGCUCCUCAAACACAUCUUGCAGGCAUUGAAUCUUUCGACUUGAAAGACUCUAUUACUGCUGAGGUGCUUCGCGCUGCAUGGCCACUCACUCUUUGGAGGGUUACAGGAGACAGCAAAGUCAAUUUCGGUCUUCAUGUUGACGGUCGAAAUUCUUCAACCAACAUCACCAGCGUAGCUGGACCAGUGGGCGCCAUCAUUUCUCUUGAAAUGGACCUCAAAAACCUGACGUGCCAAUCACUUUUGCAUGGGGUACAUAAUUUUGUCAAAAUCUGCGUGAACCAUGACAACUUGGUAGCCCAUGACUCUAGGAACGUCUUGGUGGUUGACACCAGUCCCAUCGACUUAGAGCUUUCUGAGACCCCAGAACUACAGCUUAUUGAGAGUAUUCCUUCCGGAUCCUCGUUCGGAGAUGCCAGACUUGUCAUUCACUGCAGAGUUAUGUCCGACAAAACAUCUAUCGUUGUACGAUUUGAUGAACGAUUGAUUUCCGGUGAAACUGUGGCGAUUCUCAUGGAACAAUAUAAACAUGCUGCAGAGCAACUUUCAUCGCACGAUCCAUCAACGGCUUUAACAGACCUCUCGAUAUUAAGUCGCUAUGAAGUAUCUUUGUUACAAGCAUGGAACUCGGACACACCGAUCGCCGAAGAUACUUUUGUCCAUGAUCAGAUCCGUAGCGUCGCCCAAGCGCACCCCACAGCACCCGCUGUUUGUUCAGAAGACCUCGGUCUGACACACCAAGAGUUGGAUGAUCUUGCUGACCGCGCAGCAAGUUUCUUGCAAAGGGAAGGGGUUGAUGUCGGGACUAUUGUGCCGUACUUUUUCGAGAAAUCAGCAAUAGCUAUAGUCAUCAUGCUCGGGAUCCUCAAAACUGGUGGAACGCUUCUUCCAUUGGACAUCAAACAUCCUUCACAACGAAUCCACGACAUUUUACUCGAUACAGGGGCUUCCAAAAUCUUCACUUCAUCUACGCUCCUUGAUGCCGUUAAGAACAAGCACUGCUCCCAAAUCAUAGUGUCGGUUGAUAUACAACUUAUCGAGCGCUUCCCAAAGAGUUAUCCUCCGCCAAUCGACCUCAAAACAUCAAAUGAUGUUUACAUUAUCUACACUUCAGGUAGCACCGGAAAGCCUAAAGGUGUCAUCAUCACCCACUCCAACUUUUCCACAAGCAUCAAACAUCGGAGGGACCUCGUCGGCAUGGGUCCUAAUACAAGAACUUUACAGUAUCUGAACAUGAUCUUUGAUGUUCCGAUGUUCGAUAUCUUCUUGACUUUGGUUUCGGGUGGAUGCGUCUGUUUACCGUCUGACGAUGAGUGGCAUAAUGACAUCGCAGCUGCGUUCCGCAGAACUCGGGCGAACUUCGCUUUCUUGACUCCAUCUCUGACGACCCUCAUGGAUCCUGAUGAGGUGCCUACUUUGCGCACUCUGGGACUUACCGGUGAACCUUUUGAGAAGCAGAUCAUUGAGAAGUGGAGAAAUGUCCGUAUUCUCAACAUGUAUGGACCAGCAGAAGCGUCAGUUCAUUCUUCCGGCGCUGACGUCUCAUUCGAUUCUGGGAAGCAUCAUCUCAACAUUGGGCGUGCAGGGGGCUGCUUAUAUUGGGUCGUCGAUGUCAAUGAUCACAACAAGCUGGUUUCAAUUGGUUGUUUAGGAGAGCUACUCAUUCAAGGACCCAUUGUGUCACCAGGAUAUUUGGGGAAUCCGAGGAGUACGGCCUUCAUCGAUCCGCCGUCAUGGACACAGUUUGGUGAUUUCGAGUUCGCAUCAGCAUCAAAGUGGUACAAAACUGGUGAUGUAGUAGUACAAUUGCCUGAUGGAUCGGUAAUCUACCACGGCCGCAAAGAUACUCAGGUCAAAGUGAGCGGCCAGCGCAUCGAACUCGAAGAGAUUGAAUACCACGUUGGUCGGGCCUUGACGUCAAAAUGGGAAUUUGCAGUCGAGCUCAUCAAGCCACCUAGCGGUGAUCCCCUUCUCGCUGUCUUCUUUUCUAACGACUCGAGUUCGCGGUUUGGUAACGCCAAAGGAGAUUGCAAGUUACUGCCACCGCUUGUGGGUGAGACGGUGAAACUGAAUACGUCGUUGGGGUCUGCUCUACCAGUGUAUAUGAUCCCUCGUAUCUUUGUCCGACUCAGCAAGCUUCCAUCCACCAGCUCAGGCAAGACUGACAGGAGCACACUACGGAGAAUUGGUUCCGAACUAUCUCCGAGACAAUUGAGCUCUUACAAUCCGCAAAAUAACGUCUCCGAGUCCACCGAUUCCUCAGAACUUCUUUCCGGCUUGGAAUUGGAUCAAAGAAACAAAGUUCUAACGGAAAUGGAAUCCGAUUUACAAAAGUUGUGGGCCGCAACACUGAACAUCCCGCUGGACACCAUCAAACGGACCGACAACUUUUUCAGCAUGGGUGGAAGUUCGAUUCGAGCGAUGCGACUGUCUCACGAAGCACGCAGGACCGGAAUUCAACUGAAAGUGACUGACGUGUUUCAAGCAUCUGUUCUCUCAGAAAUGGCAGCCGUAGCUAGCCGCCAAACGGCAACCAUAGAUCAUGAGCCAGGCGCAAGCCUGACGUUGACGAAGGAGCUGCUCAAGUCCAAUACGUUCAUGUCUUCUUACCUUGGCCACGCCACGACGCGUAAAGAAACGUAUCUAGUACAGCAGAACAUCGAAAGUAUUUCCGAAGCGACAGAUAUACAAGCAGAUAUGGCAGCUUGCGGCGAGCUUGACCUGAAUAGCUGGCAUAACGACAUGGUCAUUGAUUCUCCCGAUGGCCUCGACCUUUCAAAGCUCACAGAGGCCUGUGUCUCGGUCAUCAAGCAUCAUAGAAUGUUCAGAACUAUCUUCGUCCAGCACGGCAGCACCCUUUACCAAAUAGCAGUGAGGCAUGUACCCACACAGGAUAUGAUGAUCUUUGAUGGCGAGGAAACGGGAAACUCAAGAACUCCAGAUAUGGAAACAUACUUGCCUCGCUUCCACUUCAACAAGCUAUCGAAUGAUGGGAAGAAAUGUCAUCAAGUUCGCCUUCAAAUACAUCAUGCCCUCUACGACGCCAUCUCUCUAGACAUGGUGCUGCAGGAUCUCUGCAUCGCCUACACCAGCCAAUCCCUCAAAGCUCGACCCAGUUUUCAUGAUUGGAUUAUCCACGCUAAGUCCGCUGUCUCGACCUCGCAAUCCCAAGAGUUUUGGCGCAGUACCUUAUCUAAAUCCACCAUGACCUCGUUAGCAUCUCCCUCAGUUCCCACAACACCACACGCCUGUGACGCAACAUCGUCCUUCCAGAUCCCUCUCCAAACCAUUACAAACGUCUACGGAACACCAUCCAGCGUGGUUCAAGCAGCAUGGUCCCUCGUUCUCUCCCGCGCAACAAAUAACCACGAUAUCGUCUUCGGUGCGCCUAAUGCGAAUCGCAAUCUCACCUCCUUCGCCGACAUGGAUCGCGUAUGCGGCCUCGUCCUCAAUUUUCUACCUGCACGGGCUCGUCUUUACGAUAAUAUGACGUUUGGGGAAUUGAUUAAGCAGAUGCAGGAUCAGGCAAUCGCCACUAUCCAGCAUCAACACCAGGGCUUCCGUUCCAUCAUUCAAGAGUGCACGGACUGGCCGGCAUAUACCAGGUUCAACUCUGUGCUGAUCUACCAAAACCACGAGGCUCUCAAAAAGAAUAUUGUCUUUGAAGAUCAAGAGUGCGUGUUGACACCAUAUGGCAGUUACGGCAGGAGUGGUGAUUUACUGGUUGAAGUCACGCCGUUGCCAUCGACCCAGAACUCGGUCGGGGAGGAUAUCGUAGUCCGGAUCGUACACUCGACAAAAACGUUCACCAAAGAUCAGAUUGGUUGGAUCACACAAACCUUUCAGGAGAUAUUGGAGGAUAUUCCUCGGAUGCUGGAACACAGUGUGAGUGUUGUUGGAAGAGGCAGUGGUAGCGAGCCCUAUCCCGUUCCACGGGAUACACCCGCAGAUCAAGACAAUGCACCAGUGCGUGCUGGUAUACCAAGUACUACCUACCAGGAAGACAAUCGCUCGAUGUUUGACUGCCGAGCCGAUCUGGUUACCACGAUGUUGCUCUCGCGGUAUUACCAACAGAAUGGAUAUCUGAUUUCCAUACAGGAUCUCAUUGACCAUCCAACUCAGACCGCUCAAGCAGCGCUGCUCGACAACAAGAAGCCUUCAGCAUAG